AUGCAGAUACCGCAGGCUAAGACGACCCUAGAGGUUGUCAUUGUUGGUGCCGGUACGUUUUGGAUCGGUGGUAUGGCGGCUGCCCUAACAUUGGGCUUGCGAGGGCAUCAUAUCACCAUCCUGGAGUCAGCUCCGAAGCUUAUGGAAGUUGGCGCUGGCAUCCAGGUUUCCCCGAACAUGCUGAGGCUUUUUGACCGCUGGGGCGUGUCGCCAUUAAUACAUGCCAACGACGUUGCAUUGGAGCAGAUUCACGUACGACGAUGGAAAGAUGGGAGCCUUCUUGGCACCAUGCCCGUAAACAAGACAUACGGGCAGCAAGUGGUUAUCCAUCGCGCAGAUCUCCACAACGCACUGAUUGAAAAGGCGCUGGAGCUGCCGAACGUGGAGCUGCGCGUAAACUCGCAUGUAGCAACCGUUGAUUUUGAUUCUACAUCAGUGACCCUGGUCAACGGCAGUGUUGUCAAGGCUGAUGUUAUCGUUGCAGCCGACGGGAUUAAAUCGUCAAUUCGUGAUCAGCUGCUGGGCGAGGGCGCCUCUAAAGCCAUACCAACCGGAGAUGCAGCGUACCGGAUCAUGCUCACAAAGGCCGAGAUGGAGAGCGAUCCUGAAUUGAAGAAGCUGGUUGAAGUCCCAGAGGCAACCCGAUGGCUCGGCCCUGAACGCCAUCUGAUCGCUUACCCAGUCCGAAAUCAUGAACUUUUCAACAUUGUUCUUGUGCACCCUGAUCAACAUGGAGUUGAGGAGUCUUGGACCACAAGGGGUUCAAAGCAGAGGAUGGUCGACGAUUACGACGGAUGGGAUCCCAUAGUCACGAAGCUGAUUGAUAUGGUUCCGGAUGAAGAAGUGCUUGAGUGGAAGCUUUGCCUGCACGCACCAUUGAAGACAUGGAUUAAGGGAUCAGUAGCGAUGAUUGGGGACGCCUGUCAUCCUAUGCUGCCGUACGUCGCCCAGGGUGCCGCUCAAGCGGUGGAGGAUGCCGCAGCGCUGGGCGUGUUAUUAUCCGGCAUCACGUCGAGGACCGAGAUUCCUCUUGCUCUUCAAGCGUACGAAGAGUCGCGCAAAGAGCGCGCAGAGACCGUUCAGCAGUCCGGCUCAACAAACCGUAUCACCCUGCAUUUCCCUGACGGCCCGGAGCAAGAGGCACGGGACGAACAAUUCCGCGCUUCUUUGAAGGGAGGCUCAAACCCGGAUAAAUGGUCAGACAGACAGACGCAAGAGUUCCUGUGGGGAUGGGAUGCGGAGAAGGCAGCGCUAGAAACGUGGCAGGACUUCCACAAACGCACCUUCUCAACAGUUCAACACCACCUGUGA